AUGCCAAAACCAGAUCCAGAGGAAUUCAAGAAAAAACACUACGCACAUUUCGAAGAGAUGAUGGCUAAAAAACGUACAUUAUUUUUUGACCUCUAUCCACCAGAAGAAUUUGAGAAGUAUAUCCGACUGCUUGGUGUGAAUAAUAAUGAUCAUUUGUACGGUCACGACAAGGUUUCUGUGCUUGACGGUGGUCUGGAUGCAUGGAAAAAAGCUGGCCAACCGGUAACCGGUGGUGACGUCGUCGUGGUGAAACCAGGCAACUGGAAGGCCAAGCCAAUCAAUCCGGCUCUACUUAUCACCUUUGAGGAGCUGAACAAGAAGAACGCCGAUGGAAAGUCCCUGUUAGAAGAGCUCGAUAAGGUUGUCAACGGGCCGAUCAUCAAGAAAGUGUACGUUGUAGGACCAAAAGACGUACCACGGACAUCCACAAAGAAUUACGAACUGGCAAUGCGUAUGGAUACGAACAUUCAGAGUGGCAGUGACUUAUACACCGAUCUGAAUGGACUUCAAUAUGCUCUUGAUAUCCGAGUACAAUUACAGAUUAUUCGACGACGACGACAACUUGACAAACUACCGCUGCAGGCUCAUUUUUACCCGAUGCCAUCCGCCGCUUACAUUGAAGACACUUCUACAAGACUUUCUCUACAUGGAAAUCAACCAUUAGGAGUUUCUAGCCUCAAGCCUGGCCAAAUUGAAGUGAUGCUGGAUCGUCGCCUGAACCAAGAUGAUGAUCGAGGAUUGUUCCAGGAUGUCACGGAUAACCACCGGACAUUAUCCCGCUUCCGUCUUCUCGUCGAACCUCUGGAACCGUCAGACAACAAAAAUUCAGUGCAGGAACGACUAGGAUUCCACUCAAUGGUUGGUCUUGCUCAGAGCGCGGAACUUCAUUAUCCACCCAUCCGAAUGAUUUCCAGCGGUAAGAUAUUUUGUUAG